GGUAACUAUCUGUAAUCUGUGAUUGCUAUCAAUUGCUAUGUUAUGAACGCUUUUCGUCAAUAUUUUAUUACUUUUCAGUAUCAAAAUCAUUGUAAAAUGUUAGGAAUAGUUUUUCAAAUUACCAAGUAAAAUGUCUUUUAUUAAUGAUCCUGUUUUAAAUAUUAUAGUAGUGGGGUUUCACCACAAAAGAGGCUGCCAGGUAGAGCAUUGCUAUCCUGAGCUAAUACCUGGCAAACCAUGCGAGCUGCCUGCUCCCUGGCGGCAUUUGCCAGCUUUAGCAUUACCAGAUGGAUCUCACAACUAUCUUUCUGACACAAUAUUCUUCAAUUUGCCUGGUCUGUCUGAGCCUGCCCAUACUGUUUAUGGCAUUUCAUGUUUUCGACAAAUUCCUGUGGAGGAAGUUGUUCAGAAAACCGAAGAUAUGACCCGAAGUUCGGUACAAAAGAGUGUAUGCGUAGUCUGCCGAGCACCGCUCUUUGGUCGGCUUGCCGUUAAAAUGGAGCUUGUUGUACGAGCUUGGUUUCUCCAGGGUGACUUCUCCCAAACAAAACUCCUUGAAGAUGCAUAUAAUCAUUUGAAUAGUUGCCCAGUGCAGAUUGACCAAACUUUAGAAGGUUUAUCUGUGCAAAAAUUGGUAGAGAGUUGGAAACAUAAAGCUUUAUUAUUAUUCAAAUUGAUGUUACUGAGACGUAAAGUACUUAUCUACGGCUCGCCUGCGGGGACAGUGUCUGCUGCGCUCUUGACACUAGUGUCGUUGUUACCGCAUUGCUUAGAAAGUGGACUAUCCCUUGCUGCCAAUGUUACACUGUCUAGACCUUUAUCUCCAAUACCUGCAGAAAUAGAAUGUAAAAUUGACGAAAUUGACUCAACUUUAGUAACCGCUGAACCUUAUUUAAAUGGUACACAACUUGAUGAAGAGCUGUCGCCCAAAGAAACGGGUAAUAUGUUAGAGGAGAAGGACAGAAUAAGUCGGCAGAGUUUCGAUGAAUCUAUUCUCACCGAUGUCGUGGAUCGACAAGAUUUGUCAGCAGAUUAUUUACACUUUGCGAUAAGACCGUUUUCUAACUCUUGCUUAAUUUCUUAUAUAUUUCUAAUUACAGAAGGUAGCAGGGAAUUCGACUCAUAUAAUGCUCAAUUUAUGAAUGCUUUAAAAUGUACGCCGGCGUAUCAGAAGUGGCUCAAAGCGAUCAACGAAGGAGACACACACAAUUUUAUAAACCUCAUGCCGAUGCAUCCAUUUUCGGGCCAGUUGUCGGUUGCCGAUAUGAAAUUGAAGUUUGCACACACAAUGUCAACAACGGAGGGUGGUCGCAAGGUGACCGCGGCGGUGGCGACCACC